AUCGCAUAAGCACCUGUUUUUCUUCGGCUGUCGUCGUUCAGAACUAAGAUAUUUUCAACACUUUAUAAUCUCUUUUCAGAACUCGAUAUUUUUGGUUUUUUUUCGUCAGGAAGCCUCACAGAACUUUUUUACCGUAGCGCUACCAACCUACGCGUGAAAUAUUGUGAGAGCCCAAACAAGCUUUACGACAAACGUAUUCGUGAAUUGAAUCAUCGGAUUGUCUGCAAAGUUCUCAAACAGAUCCCAUCACAUCUGCUACUCAAGUACUCGAUCAUUCCAGAUUAUUUUCAUCGGUCACCGUUGUGAGGGACUAUCUACACGAAGGAUGUCUUCGCAAAACCGGAAGUACUUCCGCUUUCGUUUCUUCCGAAUUCUGUUUUUCCUUAUCCUGUUUAUAUCUCCCACGACACCUACAACGAGUAAGCUCGGUUUACCAGAGAGCUGUUUUCAGCUAGCACGUACCUUAAUGACAUCCCAAUCAGACAACGAGUUCAACAAAUACCUUGUCCAAUGCCUGGCUUCAGUAGAAUGGCAACAAUUAUCUGACUUCACCAUCCAAAAAUUCCAAGAACUGAAAGACAAAAUACCACCUGGAAUUGCAGAGUCUGUAAAGGGAAGUCUUUUUAUUGUGUCUGUGCAUUUAAUAUGCUUAAGUAAUCUACUGUACCAACAGGCUGUGAUCUUAGCUGAAGACUGUAAGGAGCAUCGAGAUAUGUUCAAAGAGCUACAGACAAAAAUGAAAGUCGUACUACAAGCGAUAAAGACAGAAAUUUACUCAAUGCCAAAGAGCAUCGACUUUCCCACGAUGCACGAGCGAAUCACGAAGGUAAUGAAAAUCUUGAAUAAUUUUUACACCGAGCUCGAGCAGGUAACUAAUGACGUAAAAAAUGGUAUCAUCAGCAGUCGACUUCACAAAAUCAUUGUCAUAGGGUGCGGUGUUGUUGCGCUGGUCGUUUGUGUUGGUUCCCCCUUUGUUGCCGGUCCUCGGAGAGUAUUUUUAAUAUGCGCUCCUGCUCUUGGAGGUGUUGCUUAUUCUAUCGCAAGUUACUUGUCCCUUGGCACAACUAAUGAAGAACUGAACCAGUUGCUGAAGGACACGAGAAAGCUGAGGCAAGAGGCAGCCAAGCAUCGAGCUCAGCUUCAAGUUAUACUUGCUUUGUUAAAAGGGCCCACAGUGGACAUUUACAUCAAAAGCAAGGGCCGGGAAGAUCCAAGAAACACUGAUGGUAUCGCUUACAUCAUGGUGAAUGGAAUCGAUUUCUCUCCUCACGGAAGGGGAUAUAACGUUGUGGUUGUUGAUGGCACAACUGGUGGCGUUAUCGAAGGAAGAGCAUUUGACACGCAUUGGGGCUCCUCUGCUGAUGAUCGCCUAAGAAAAUAUCUCGACAGCCUCUACGGAAAUAAGAUCGUUUUAGUGGCGAUUCAAGAUGAAGGUUCAAAGUACGUAAAAUCAGCACUUGACGCUCUCAAGAGACUGGGCGCUACCGAGCCUGUACUGCCGGACUAUCGAGGAUCCUUUGCGCUUGUUGGAUACGCAGGAGCAAACAAACCAUUGUGGAUUGCACAGAAAAUUGCUAAGAGAGGUCUGGGACCAAGUAAGAUAACUAUGAAAAUUCCGUUAAUACCCAAGCCCACUAAGAUGUAA